AUGUUUUUCCCUGAAUAGGAAUAUAAAACUAGUACAAAAGUAUAUAUUAUACAUAUAUCUUAGAGUGAAGAUGAAUUGAAAAAAUUAACUUUGGAAGAAGAUUUAAGUGAAUGUUAGAGAUCCAUUUAUAUAUUAACUAAAGGAUAAUAAUUAUAAAAGAAAGCUGUAUUUUAUUUGUGAAUUAUCUCUAGAUUUAUUCUAAUUUACAUAAGAUUUUAAAGGAACCUAAUGCUUUUGAAUUUCUAUUCUAAGUUAUAAUGUAAUUAUAUUAAUACUAAAAUUACAAGUGAAGAAAUUUAAUAACAAGAAGAAGACAAUUAAAUUAUUGCAGCUAAAUCACUUUAGAAAUUAAUUAAAGAAAAUUCACUUACUAUUUAAGAAUUAUUACAAAUCUAUGAUUUGACAUCUCAAAUAUUAAAAAUAUGGUCACUUCCUGUAUUAAAUGAAUGGGUACAAACUAUGGAUCUUCUCUUAAGAACAAUAUGUCUUACCAAUAUUCUUAUUCCAAUUCAAUAAUUGAUACUACUAUUAACUGAUAGUUCAUAGCCAACAAUAUCAAGAUAAAGUGCUGUCAAAUUAAUUGGUACUUUAGCAUAAGUAAUGUUCUCUUUACUAUAUAAGCUUCUUGGUAAUUAAAUCAAAGGUCCAAUUCUUGAUAGAACUAGAAAUUUAUGUUCAGAUCAUGAUAAAGAAACUCGAUUGAUUAUGGCUGAUAAUGUAUUGAUUAAAGUUUGUUAAUCAAUUUCUAGUGAUUUAAUAGAAUGUUAUUUAAUUGAAAAAAUAAUGGAACUAUAUUAUGAUACAGAUCUAAUUGUAAGAAGUUCAGGUAUGAAGUUAUUUUUUACAAUUGCAAAUAAUUUAUCAGCAGAUGAAAUUAAAAAUAGAUGUACUAAAUAAUUUAUUGAUACAAUAUAAAGUCAAAAUGAAGAGAAUAAAUUAGUUAUGUCUAAAAUUUGUGGGAGAGUAUUUAAUCUUGUAAUUAAAUAUCUUUAUUUAUAAUUAGAUAAAAGAUUAUUUAAAUUAAAAUUAAAUUACACUUUUUAUAAACAUAUACAUUUCUUAUGUAAAAAGUAAGAAUGUUGAUAUAAGAGUCAAUUUUGUUAGUAAUUUCCCUGCUAUUUUAUCUUUGGCAUCAAAAAAAUUUGAAUACUUUUAGGAAUCUUAUUUAUUAUGUUGUAAUGAUAAUAAUGAAAUUGUUAUAAGAGCCAUUAUCAAUUGUUUCCAUGAAGUUGUACUACUUUCUGAUAAUACUGAAAUAUUAUUUUAGAUUUUCAUCAACUUUAUGAAAUCAAAAAGUGUAACAAUAUUGGAAAUUUUGAUAUUUAGAUUUGCUUCAAUUGUUAAUUCUUUUUAAAAAUAAGUAUUAUGUUCAUAAUAUGCUUAGUCAGUAACAACCACAAUUUGGUCAACCAGUCCUUGA